AUGGCCACAACGAUACCUAGUGCGAAUGAAUUAAAAUCAGAAGCUUUACAAAUUUUUGCAAAGGAAUUUGGAGAGAAUGCAAAUGUUUGUGUAUGUGCACCCGGUCGUGUAAAUUUAAUCGGAGAGCACACUGAUUACAAUGAGGGUUUCGUUUUACCAAUGGCAUUGCCUAUGGUUACAGUUAUAGCUGGAAAACUUAGCCAUGCGAAAAAGUGUAAGAUUAUUUCCCUUAGUGAAACAGUUGGUUCUGAAAAUCAGGUUGAAUUUGAAGCUAACUGUAAGAGUAUAAAACCAGGAGAACCAAAAUGGGCUAAUUAUGUAAAAGGAUGUAUAGGAAAUUUUAUUUGUGAUGUACCACCUUUCAAUGCUGUAAUUGUGUCAUCUGUACCAGUUGGUGCUGGGCUUAGUAGUUCAGCUGCUUUAGAGGUUGCUACCUAUACAUUUCUAGAAGCAUUAACUGGUGUACAAUCCAAAAAACCUGAGGAUAAAGCCUUAGCAUGUCAACGUGCUGAACAUGAUUUUGCUGGAGUUCCAUGUGGUAUUAUGGAUCAAUUUAUUUCUGUAAUGGGGCAAGAAGGCUAUGCUCUUCUUCUUGACUGCAAAGAUCUUAGUACAAAGCAAAUACCUAUGUCACAGAUAAAUGAUUAUGCUUUUCUGAUUACUAAUUCUAAUGCUCCUCAUAAAUUAAGCUCAAGUGCAUAUUGUAAGCGCAGAGAUAGUUGUUAUGAAGCAGCAAAAAGGUUAAAUAAAAAAAGUUUGCGUGAAGUAUCUAUAAGUGAUAUUCAAGUCUUACAAUCUCAAAAUGUAUCUGAGGAAAUGAUAAAAAGAACUCGUCAUGUAGUCACAGAAAUUCAAAGAACAAUUGAUGCUGUGGUUGCUCUUGAAAAGGGGGAUUUUAAUAUAUUUGGACAGUUAAUGAAUGAAAGUCAUAAUUCAUUAAAAAAUGAUUAUGAAGUUUCUUCUGAUGAAUUAGAUGCUUUAGUAACAGCAGCAAGAGAAAUAAAAGGUGUUUUAGGAAGUAGAUUGACUGGUGCUGGUUUUGGUGGUUGUACAGUAACAUUAUUGAAAAAAGACAUAAUUGAUAAAACAAUUAAACACAUUAAGGCCAAAUAUUCUGGAAAUGCAACAUUUUAUAUAGCAAGUCCUGCAAUGGGUGCAAGAGUCUUGGAUACAAAUUAAAUGAUAUA